AUGCACGCGACAAAAUCCCAACCAGAGAAGAUCGUUGAAAUAAUCGACAAGCACCGGCCCGACCUAUCCGAGUUCGAAGAUAUAUACAAAGAUUUCCACAAGCACCCCGAACUAGGAACCAAAGAAGAAAGGACAGCAGGUAUCAUCGCCAAGCGCCUCAAAGAAAGUGGCUUCGACGUCCACGAGAAAAUCGGCGGCCAUGGAAUAGCUGCCGUGCUCCGCAGGGGCGAUGUACCAACCGUGCUGCUAAGAGCUGAUAUGGACGCUUUGGCGGUCGAGGAGGAGACGGACCUACCUUAUAAAAGCACUGUCUCUAAGACUAUGCAUGCAUGCGGUCAUGAUAUGCAUGUUACUUGCCUUCUCGCGGCUGCGAAAUUGCUCAAUGAUGCGAAGUCGGAAUGGUCAGGUACGCUGAUUUGCGUAUUCCAACCUAAUGAAGAAAAUGGAGCUGGUGCGAAGGCAAUGGUAGACGAUGGGCUAUACCAAAAAAUUCCCAAGCCUGAUGUUGUUUUAGGACAACACGUUUCUCACAUGAAGACCGGGACGUUGUCUAUUGGUGCUGGCGUCACUCUAUCCGCAGCAGAUUCAUUCAAGGUCACCAUCCACGGAAGGAGCGGACACGGAAGCCAACCAGAAAACUGCAUCGACCCAAUCGUCAUCGCGAGCUCCAUAGUAGUUCGCCUCCAGACCGUUGUAAGCAGGGUCGUUUCGCCUUCUGAAUCCGUCGUCGUGACAUGCGGCAGUUUCCACGGGGGGGAAUCAGAGAAUGCUAUUCCCGACGAGGUUGAGAUAAAGCUGAACAUCAGGACGCAAAGUGAGAAUGUGCGGAAGAGAGUCAUUGAAGCGGUGAAGCGGAUUAUCAAGGCCGAGUGCGACGCCGGGGGCUGCACUCAGCCGCCUGAUAUCGAGCCUACGUCGCGAUUCCCACUUACAGUCAACGACCCAAAGAUCGUUGACAAGCUCCAUGAUGCGUUUAAACCCGUCUUUGGCGAUAUUCCAAGUACAUCCGGGAUGGUUAGUGGCAGUGAGGAUUUCUCGGAUCUUGCUACACCACAUGAUAUCCCAUACGCAUUCUGGUUUUUUGGAGGAACAGAUGAGAAGAAGUGGGAUGAUGCGGUGAAGAAUGACACUGUCAAUCUCCUUCCACAUAACCAUAGCGCCAAGUUUGCACCAGUUAUCGAACCUACCUUGAAUGCGGGAUCGGAUGCAUUGGCCUUAGCUGCUCUGACAUUUUUGAAGACAUAUUCUUCAACCCGACUUCAUCUGGACUCCUCGAACUUCCACGCCAUUAUCUACCAAAAUACCCGAUACACCCACGCCUACCUCAAAACUUUCUCAUAUCACUACUGCCGCUGGGCCGGCUUCCCCUUCGACAACCAAAUCGCUCCCCUCCCCUUCGGCCUCCUCCUAAAAUGGUCGGAUGGCACGCGGCUUGAAGAAGUCCUCGCCACCCAAGUCUGCUUCACCGCCGGCCUCCCAACUCCAAAAAUCAUCUGCUAUGGAGAUCACCCAGAGACUCCGCAUGCUCCGGUGUCAAUACUGAUGACGCGGCUUCCGGGCAAGGAAAUAGGACAAGUCUACGAAUCCCUCAGCGUUGAUGCCAAAGCAACCGCCCUCGCUGAGCUGAAGACUUACUUGGCCACCAUACGCCAGUGGAAAAGCCCUUGGGGCGACGCGCGGAUCUGCUCCAUCACAGGUGGUCCAAUCCGCAGCAUCCGCGUGCCCAACCACAUCGUGGGCCCGUAUGAGACGUCCGAUGAGUUCCACGACUAUCUCCUCGCGCCGGCGCGGAACUCCAGCUGCUUCAAGUCGCAAUAA